GUACAAGAAGCAAAUUUGGCGCCAGAGACGAAACACGGAAACCCUGAGUUUAAAAACAAGAAGGACUUUGUCUUAACGCGAACAUAAGCAGACGUUAUAGUUUUUUAUAUAUAUAUAUAAACUUUAUAAGCUUAUGUUUUAACAUGUUUGUGACCGAUAUUCGAAAGGAAUUUUAUGAUGUUGUCGUUAAUCAGAGAGUGGCCCUGUUCGUGUCUUCUGAUAUUGAUGCUUUGUGUGCCUGUAAAGUUCUGCAGGCUCUAUUUCACUGUGAUCAAGUCCAGUAUACGCUGGUUCCUGUGGCAGGAUGGCAGGAUUUGGGGACCGCCUUUAUGGAGCAUAAAGAGCAGUACCAGUAUUUUGUUUUGAUAAACUGUGGAGCAAAUGUGGACCUGCUGGAGACCCUUCAGCCUGAGGAAGACUCCGUAUUCUUCAUCUGUGACACACACCGACCUGUUGACGUGGUUAAUGUCUAUAAUGACACACAGAUUAAGCUUCUGAUAAAGCAAGAUGACGACCUUGGUGUUCCGUCUUACGAUGACAUCUUCCGUGAUGACGAGGAGGAUGAAGCAGAUGGCGAUGAUUCUGGAAAUGAAAGUGAUGGCAGCGCAGAGCCUUCUGGGAAACGAAGGCGAUAUGAUGAGAAUGCAUUAGAAAGGAGAAUAGAGCGGCAACGGGCCAGACGGGAAUGGGAAGCUCGAAGGAGAGAGAUUCUGUUUGACUACGAGCAGUAUGAGUUUCAUGGAACAUCAGCAGCAUUGGUGAUGUUUGAGCUGGCCUGGGUCAUGUCUAAAGACACCAAAGACAUGCUGUGGUGGAGUGUCAUUGGAGUGACAGAUCAGUGGGUUCAUGAUAAAAUACCACACAUGAAAUACGUGACGGACAUCGCCGCCCUACAGCGCCACGUGUCCCGACACAACCAUAGAAAUGAGGAUGAGGAGAACUCGCUGUCCAUCGACUGCAUGAGGAUCAGUUUUGAAUACGAUCUGAGGUUGGUGUUGUAUCAGCACUGGUCUCUGUACGAGAGCAUCUGUAACUCCUGUUACACCUCCUGCAGCUUUAAACUCUGGUCCAUCAACGGACAGAAGAAACUCCAAGAGUUCCUAGCAGACAUGGGUCUCCCACUCAAGCAGGUGCGACAGAAAUUUAACUCUAUGGAUAUGACCAUUAAAGAGAACCUGCGUGAAGUCAUCGAGGAAUCUGCCAAUAAAUUCAGUAUGAAAGACAUCCGUGUGCAGACGUUCGCCGUACACUUUGGCUUUAAGAACCGGUUCCUGGCCAGUGAUGUAGUUCACGCUGCGGCCGCCCUGCUGGAGAACGUGGAGAAGGAUGAAACGCCAGCGGACAACUUCAUCAAAGCUCUGGACUGUCUGUCCAGGAGUAAUCUGGAGCGGUUGCAUUUAGGCAUUGAUCUGGCCAAGAAGAAACUGAAGGCCAUUCAGCAGACAGUGGCGAGCUGCAUCUGCACCAACCUCAUACUCUCACAGGGGCCUUUCCUCUAUUGUCAUUUACUGGAGGGAACACCGGAUGUGAAGCUGUUUUCUAAACCUCUGGCUCUGACUCUCCUCUGCAAAUACCUGCUCAAAGCAUUCAUCUGCUCUACGAGGAACAAACGCUGUAAGAUCCUUCCAUUGAUCAUGGCGGCUCCUCUGGACGUGGAGAAGGGAACCGUGAUCGUCCUGGGAAUUCCACCAGAAUCAGAAACGUCCGACAAGAAAAAUUUCUUUGGCCGGGCUUUUGAAAAGGCAGCUGAGAGCACCAGCUCCAGAACUCUACACGAUCAUUUCGACACUUCGGUCAUAGAGCUAAAGAUGGAGGACAGGGGGAAGUUUCUGGAUGCCCUCAUCACCCUGUUGUCAUAAAGGCCCACUGCAUGCUGGGAAGGAUUGUCAAACUGCCCACAGAAACUCUGGACAUGUAUAUGUGUGUGUUUUGAUUCUGCAAAGAGACUCGCAUCCACACACACACACACACUGUUGCUCCACAAGGGGAAUUUCACAGCCCUUGAGUAAAUAUGAGAUUUACCGUGUUCUCAGUCAGUUUGGUGCCAAAUACCUUCACUGACCUUCACCUUGACGUUUAUACCGUCUGCAGCCCUUCCUGAAGAGUUCAGGAUCAGCUCAGAGAUCAGCUGGUGUUUUGGUCGUGUGCUUCCAGACAUUCUGUUUGACUGUACAGGCCUGAUUUAACUGUUUUGUGUCAUGUCAUUUAGUAUGUAUUUGUGUGUGUUUUAUAUGAAUUCAAAUAAAUGAUUUUUAUAAUCUUU